CCGCCCCCUUUAUACUCUCCCUGACCAGGCCCAGGCCCAGGCCCGAGCCCUGCCCCGUUACAGUCCCCCGGACCAGGAGCAGGACGAGCUCCGUCCCGUCCCGUUAGCCCCGGUUCCGAGCCGGGCCCGCCUAGGCGAGGUGGAGCUCGGCGCGGCCUGGACCAUGGCGGGGAGCUGCUCCGGGCCGGGCCGUCUAUGGAGACUCUGCAACCUGCUCAUGGCCGCCUUCUUCGGGCUGGCGGCCGCCGUUCAGAUAAAUGACCCUGAUGCAGGACUGUGGAUAGUGGUCUACGUUGUACCUGCUGUCCUUACACUGCUUGUUGGCCUUAAUCCAUCAAUUACAGGAUGCAAACCCAGGGCUGCAUGGAAGUGUGCUCAGCUGUCCACGACUGCAGAUAAUGUUGUCUGGAGGAGCCUGUCGGAUCUGCAUUCUGCUGCUUGUUUAGUUGGGACCAUUGCCUUGGGGUGCUCUUUGUUCGCUUAUGCAAAAAGUAACAUCUUGCAUGAAGAGGAAGGAAGAGAGUUGUUUGGUCUGGUGAUUAUUACAAUAUGGAUGAAUCUUUGCCGCAAUUCAGCAAAAAAUCCUUUGGGUGGAAUUCGUCUGAUGGUUGCAAUUUCUCUCUCUCUCUUCCCCUUUGUAACAUGGCUUUACAUUUACAUGAACUCAGAGAUGCGAUCAUCCUGGCCAACUCACUGCAAAACUGUGAUUUAACCAGAAAGGAACAAACACACACAAUAAAUAUUCUAACAGCUGUUUGCCUUCAGCUUUCGGUUCUCAGUUGAAAACUGGUAUCAGAACAACAGGAACUGCAGCUAUGGACCAAGAGCACUUUGCUGCCUCAAACAGCGCAGUUUGAGAUUUGUUAUCAUUAUUAUCCAGCCAUCCUCUUUCCAUGGACCAACCUGUGGCUUUCAAACUGUGUCCUUCAUGUAAUGAUAAUACCACAGCCCCUGUAUAACUGUCUCCUCCACAAUGUACCACAAUGAACAGGAACAGGGGCAGACUAGAUCCCAGUAAAUAUGUGCCCUUAGUGUGGAUGAGCAAUUGUACAGCAGCAUCUGCUAGGAACUCCUAGAAAGGACAGAAGCAUUCAAAUGUGAUCCUCUCCUCCCUCAGGGCCUGCAGGUGAGCAGCCAUACUCUUAUGGACAGUGAUAUCAAUGGCUGCUGAGAGAUCUGAAACAACUAGCAGGGAUAGCUAUUCUCUCUGUUUAGUCAAUGAGAAUAGCUCAGUCUCCGUCAUGCCUAGGCUGAAAGUGGACACAGAAUUCAAGGUUUUUGGAUAACUGCAGAGUUGCUUCUCAGCUGAAUCACAAAUUUAGAAAUCUUCUCCACAAAGUAUUAAAGGUGUCAAGUAUGUCUGUGGUCUUUGUUACUGACUCAUGGGCCAGCUAAGACAUGGGACUAUGGGAAGGAUUGACAGGUACUAUGGUCCAGUGGCGAGGACACCAGCCUAGGAGUCAGAGGCCUGCAUUCUAUUCCCAACUCCACCACUGACCUCCUGUGUGAUCUUAACCAAGUCAUUACCCCAAGCUGUUCUUUGAUUUCCCUUCCUGCCCUUUGUCUGCUUUGUCUAUUACGGAGGCACCAAUUCCAGUUUCAUAGUUAAGGUUAAGUUUGGUUUUGUACUAAAAGCAGGGAUUCAGCCUCCGUGUAUGAAAAAUAGACUGUCAUCUUCAAGCUUAAUAUUUGCCAUUUGAAUAUAUAAUUAAUUUUCUGAGCAUUUACAAGUAAUUGUUAGAGUUAAAAUUAAAUGGGUAUUUUUAGAAAUUUAGCAUCAUAUGCGAAGAUAUUUUUUUGUCCCUAUUGAUGUUAUUAAUGGAAUAACAGACUUUUUGUGCAUAAGCUUUUAAGGAGGUUGACUACAUUUGGAGAAAUAUUUUAAGGCUAUUGGUCACUUUUUGCUGUUCUUCAUAAUUGAAUGUUCAGCAGUGCUGAUAAAUGUUUUACCAAAUUCCAUGAAGUCCUACUGUCUUUUAAAAUGGUUGCCAUCUCAUGUUGUUUUCAAUGGGACUGAGAGCAGAAGCUGCCCUCAGGAAAUAUGGCACUGCCACUGCUCCUCACAGCUUCCUCUCUGCCUCCCAAAAGCCUGCAUACCAUCUUCCCUGAGCUCUGUUUUGAUUCAUUCUCACUGGGAACAAUGGGAGGCAGUCACCAUUUUGAAAGAGGACAUCCUAACUGAAGGCAAUGUUUGCCCUCCGUCCUACUGAGAAUAACGGGAGAUGAUGGCUAUUUUGAAAAAAAGGGCAACUCUUUGUGAGUUUCUCUGAAGGAGAAGACUUCAGGUCUCACUCUCUACUGACAAACUUUCAGCUGUGAAAAAUAAUGGCAAACGAUCAUUAAUCCAAAAUAUUUUGUUUGAGGGGCAGCCUCUUCUCCUGUUUGCAGCUCUCUUUGCCGUUUGGAUAUGUUUUCCUGUGCAUUUGCUCCCCUCCUUUAAUUUUGGAGUUGUCUGCAAAUUUGAGCAUAGUUUAAUUUUCAGUAAAUAGUCACUCAACAAAGGAGGACACAAGUCAGUUGUGCAGAGGUUGGGGGAGAGGGAAGAAAUACUUUUUAGUUGGUCAUGAAGCCCUAAGAGGGUCCUGGUUUUGGCUAGUCUUAGCAGGAAGUCACUGCCUGAAGACUGACAUUCUGUCCCAGCUCUGGUACAGUUCCCCCUGCUGGAUACUCACCAGGCUGCUGUUUGGGUCCUAAUGGGGAACCAUGUGCUCUUAAGCUUCCCUUGGUCUGGGAAGGAUCCAGCAAGGUUUGUCUCUGAGUCUUUGGCCCCUCGGGCAUGCUUAGUGGGCCCAGACUCUACCUAUUGCCCCUUUAGAUAAGUGGAGCUGGUGGUCCAGCUGACCCAGCUCCACAUCCUGGCUGGUUCUGACCCCACAAUACACACGAUAACCUCAGCAAACCUUUUCCCAGUGCUCCAAACUUGUGGGCAGUCUGGUUUACAGUGUCUCUCUCCAGGGCUAUGUGAUAAUUGAUGCACAUAACACACAGGCUUUGCAAAGGUUUAACACAAAUACUCUUUAGAUACCCCAAGAAAUGUACAGAUUUAGACAAAAAAAAUAAAACACUUCUAUGCCCUUGUCA